UCACCAAUCGAACCAGCGACCGGUCUUGGCACAGGAGCGCUGCAGAAAUUUUCCUCCCUGCUCUGACUUUUGAGUCCAAGAUGGAUUUCCCAAGACGAAGGGCUUCCCCAAGUUAUGGUCCCGGCGACUAGGGUCGGGAGGACGGCCCUCUGCUGUAUAUAAUGAGGAUCUUCGACCUGAACUGGACAGAUCUACUCGAGGCUCCAGACAGAGUAGCUGGUCCUGUAGAAAGUGAGAGGUCGUCGCAUUGUUGCAAAUUGUCUCCUAUAACGUCCGUCCUAAUUAAAGGAUUAGCCUGGAAAAUGACUCAUUUACAAUACUCAAGUGGAAUAGACGAAUAUCCAGAGCUCCUGGAUCUCGAAGGGCUCCAGCCGACGGAUUUGCUUCCAUACACUCCAUCUUCCCUGGACGACUUAUGCAGCGCUUGUUUGACCCAAAACAUUCCGGAUUACCCUGAUCUGAGCUCGUUCCAGGGAAAGCCAUUCACGUCCUGGGAUGGCGAGGACUGCAUCGACUGGGCAAACUUCGUAUGUGAGCGGCGGGGCAUCGGGUGCCACGAAGUCGACGUGACCCAGUUCAGAAGGGUCACGGGUCCUCAGCUGGAGCGCUUCAAGAUCCAGCACUUCAGCGCCCUCGUCAGCGACCUCUACGGAGCCGUGUUCUUCGAGGAAUUCAGGGCGCUGAGGAAGAUGUCCGAGACCAAAGGCCGUUCCAAAAGACGAGGCGACCUUCCGGACAGCUCCGACGGGGGAGCGCUGGGCCUCCUCCCUCCUCCAGAAGGAGAUUCCAGCCUCCGAGGGGACUCCUUCUCCUCCUACAGUUACGACUCUUGGCAACUGACCGAGGAGGAGUUCCGCGAACUGGACAGAUACUGCCCGCCGGAGGAGGACGAGGAAGACGAUCUGACCCCAGGGGACGAUCCCUACCUGCUGGACAAUCUGGUUGGUCUCCACCUGGGGUCGCGUUCUCAGGGAGCUGGGGGACCUCGGGUCUGCGCAAGCGCUGGAAAAGAAGAGGAAAAUGAAGAGGAGCCAUCUGCAAAUGUCCACGAAAAAGCAAAACAGUGUGCCAAGGAGAAGAUUAAAACCAAGUCUCGAAGGGGAGAGAGGAAGCCGAAAAUCUGGGAGUUUCUGGUGCGCCUUCUGGUCGACCCCCAGACCAACCCUUUGUUGGUCCAGUGGCAAGACGAAAUCAGUGGGACCUUCGUUCUCAACCAGCCAAGCAUCAUAGCCCGUUUGUGGGGCGCCAGAGCUGGCAAUCCCGAACUCACAUACAAUAACUUCGCCAGAGGACUCAGGUACCACUACAGCACUGGCGCCAUAGAAUUAGUACCCGAACACAACUUCAUGUACCGCUGUGGCCCCAAGGCCCUGCGGUUCCUAGAGGCGCUGAGAAAAUUACAGUUGAGUUAAGGUCCGUCAGAGCUGGAAGUCAACAUGGCCAGCGCAGCGUUCAUAGUCUUAGGGAUCUUUUCAAAUACGGGGCCGUCCCUCCCAGCGAUGCUCGUAGGGUGUUGGUCCUCUGGAAGGACCCGCUAAAAUGAUGGAGGUCUUUCGCAGUUGGGAGUGAAUCUCGCCUAGUGCAGAGUUGGACGUUCUCAAGCCCUUGAUCAUCAAGGUGGAUCAGCCUGUGAAGCCUUGGAUCAACAAUUGGAUCAGCCUUGGAUCAGCAAGGUGGUUCAGCCUGUGAAGCCCUUGAUCAGCAAGGUGGAUCAGCCUCUGGAGCCCUGGAUCAGCAAGGUGGAUCAGCCUGUGAAGCCCUUGAUCAGUAAGUGGAUCAGCCUUGGAUCAGCAAGGUGGUUCAGUCUCUGAAGCCUUGGAUCAGCAAGUGGAUCAGCCUUUGAUCAGCAAGGUGGUUCAGCUUUUGAAGCCCUGGAUCAGCAGGUGGAUCAGCCUUUGAAGUCCUUGAUCAGCCAUGGAUCAGCAAGGUGGUUCAGCCUUGCUGAGGUGACAGAAGAUGCACGUGUUGACAAGCGAAGCCAAAGCAUUUACUAGAUUUACCAUUAUUAUUAUUAUGAUUAUUAUUCUCAAGAUGAAACCUAUUCAUAUGGAACAAGCCCACCAGUGGGGGCCAUUUGAUUUAUGAGCAAGAAGCGAGACGAGGUCAAACGAAAUGCAGAAAGAGGAUAUACUGUUCUAAGUCUUGUCUUAAGGUACAUAUAGGAAGAAGGAGAAGAUGACGCUUAUUCUAUAUGCAAACCUUCUAAAGUUAUUCAAGACUUGUUGGAAAACAGAA